UUGACAGAACGAUGGGUGCCGAGGAAGAACAUGGGGACAUGGCACAAGCUUUAGGCGAAAACGAACGAUCUGAGGAAUGUUUCAUGGAUCAAUUGUUUGACUUCGCCAACGAAACAAAACACGACGGACCAAUCAUCAAGCGGAGAAGCCUAUGUACACGGUGCAGGCGUCCCCUGAGUGUUUGUUGGUGUCCCUACCUGCCCCACGAACGACUAGAGAUAAGAACAAGCGUUUAUAUUCUCCAACAUCCAUUUGAGGAGUCACGUUGUCUCAAAACAGCGCCUAUGCUCUGUAACGGCUUGAAGGAAGGUACUUGUCAUGUUUACAAGGGAAAGAGAUUUCCUAAACACAAGUUCCCCGAGCUGAUGAAGGUCCUGCAGGCACCCAACACACUGGUACUGUAUCCAGGUCCAGAUGCUGUUGACAUCUCAGAUGUUCCCACCAACAUUGCCUACAACCUGGUGCUGCUGGAUGGAACGUGGGCCCAAGCCAAGGGUCUGUACUGUCAGAACCAUGACAUUCGGUUGCCAAAGAAGGUACAAAUCAACCAUCAGGAGAAGAGCAAGUAUGUGAUCCGAACUCAGCCGACAGAUGGAGCCCUGUCCACGCUGGAGUCUGGGGCUGUUGCCAUCUCAGUCCUGGAAAACAGGCCCGAAAUAGUAGAGCCGCUGACACGCCCUCUUGUGGCGCUGUGUGACUUCCAGAUCCAGCAUGGUGCCGUUCAGCACCAGAGCAGGGAGUACAAGAUUGAGAAUGGUCUGUGGAGUAAGGAACUGCCCAAAUCCGUGAAGAAACGAUUAGAAAAACGAUAGAGACAUAUUCAUAACAGAGAGAGAUUCAUCAUUUGGAUGCAUGAUUCAGAUAUGAUGCACCCAGUCACAGUACAGAACACAGGCACUCCGAGGUGCUGCAUCUACAGAUGGAUAACUGUGUGGAAUCUUCGGAUUUGGAUUACCGUUUGACAUUUUCGGUUUGUAAGUCAUCAAAAUGAAUACAUUCCUGAAUGGACAAUUGACAGACAUGCAAUGAUCCUAACACCAAGUGCUUGUUUCAUUAUUCAAAGAUUUGAGGUCAAAUCUACUGUUAUAAGAUCCUGCUAAUUUGAGGAGAGCACAUCCAUAGUGAUAUCCUUGUAGUGGCUGUCAUCCAGGAUCAGAGGAUUGUGUGAGGAACCUGUCAGAGGAUUGUGUGGGCAUAUGCUUUGACUGAAUCCCCUGUGGUGGUUAGAAUCGAACACUGGCAGGCUGUGUUGGUUGCCAGUUGUGGCCAUGUGUCAGAUACUGGGAGACUUGGCUGAUGGUUGACAUCAUACCAGGCUUGCAUAGAUCAUUGCUUACUAAAUCAAUCACUUGAAUGACUUGUAUGGAUAGGCGCCUCUUAUAUCUGGAAUAUUGCUGAGUUGGGUGUUAUUCAAACUAUCUUAUACUGUGAAAUGUGAAGACAGAUUCCACAGAACCUGAUUUGAGAGAACAGGGUAAAGAAAACAAAUAUAAGAAGUUAACAAUGAGAUGAAUGUACCAGACCAAAGAGGACCAAUCAGAAAGAAUCAGAAAGAGAACCAGAAGAGAACCAGUCCAGAAGAGAACCAAUCAGAAAGAGAACCAGUCCAGAAGAGAACCAAUCAGAAAGAGAACCAGACCAGAAAAGAACCAAUCAGAAAGAGAACCAGCCCAGAAGAGAAUCAGUCAGGAAGAGAACCAGCCCAGAAGAGAAUCAGCCAGGAAGAGAACCAGACCAGAAGAGAAUCAGUCAGGAAGAGAACUAGUCCAGAAGAGGACCAAUCAGUAGGGGGAAAACAAAUGCCACAGAACAAACAUUGGUCUUGACAAACUAGAUGCAGAAUGGGUAGGAUUCACAUGCUGCCCAUUCUCUGAUAUUUACCAUGGACUGGAGAAUAAUGCAAAGUGGGGAUUAUGCAUAUAUCUGUGGCUCAUUUGAUGGGUGCUAUUACCGUCUUUGUACAUCAUGUUCAAACCAUUCAAACCUGUGCUGACAAAUAAACUGUGAAUUACUUUAUCAAGUGUUGAGAAAAAUAUUGAUGGUCAAGUCGGAUUGUAUCAGUUGGCAGGAUACUGUUCCAGUACAGCACUGUCUUCAUCCCUUUGCUCAUUUCUACCAUAAUACAUCUUCAUACAUUCAACAUGAAAAUAAAGAUUAUUAUCCUGA